CCUACAGUCGCGCUACACGACGUGAGGCAAGGCACCCUGGAUUCUCUAAAUCACAAACUGGGACAAAAUCGUUCAGGAUGACCACCAGAAGACCAGCAAUAACCAUCUUAUCACUUGGGUUUUUAAUAUUUCUUCUACUGGCAAACUGCUCACAGCAAUGUAGAAUAGAAAAGAACUGGGCGUACUGUAGUGGAAGAUCUUUAGUACAGGUGCCACCAUUGCCCCCCCACAUCACCCAUGUGGACCUCAGUUUAAACUACUUUCAUAAUCUCAGUGAAGAUUCUUUCAUAGGCCUGGAGAGCCUUGUGCAUCUCGACCUUGGAUCACAGCGUGUCAGAGGUCUCGUCAUCAAGAAUAACACUUUCAGAGGACUGUACAACCUAACGUUUCUUCACUUGGGGGACAACAGGGGAAUGCAGAUUGAGACGGAUGCAUUUCAGGGCCUGUCAAACCUCCGGACUCUUGUUCUGUUGCACUGUGGCCUUGAUGAGCGCAUUCUUUCAGGCAACUAUCUGCGGCCUCUGCUCUCCCUUCAGGAGCUGAACCUCUUUGGCAACAACAUAAAGCAAUUCACACCAGCUAUGUUCUUCAGAAAUAUGACAAAUCUCAGUGUUUUGGAUCUCUCCAUUAACCGAAUGAAAUCUAUAUGUGAGAGCGAUUUAGUUGCCUUUCAAGGUAAACAUUUCCAACAUCUAAAAUUAUCCACUGUCCAUCUUGUUGACAUGAAUCCGUCAGAUUUUAACUGGACAAACUGCGGAAACCCCUUUAAGAACAUGUUGUUUGACACCCUUGAUUUAUCUCUUAAUGGACUCACAACUGAAGAAGCAACACUGUUCUUCUCUGCCAUUAUGGGCACAAGGAUCAACCAUCUGAUUUUCUAUUCAAAUAACAUGGGUUCAGGAUAUGGAUUCAACAACUUCAAGAAUCCAGACAGAUUCACCUUUGACCCUCUAAAAUUCAGUGGCAUUGAAAUCAUCGAUUUGUCCAAAAACUCUAUCAACAUUUUAAAGUGGGCGGUGUUCAGAUCAUUAUCUGAUGUGCUGAUCAUGUCUUUGGCAGGCAAUAAAAUUAAUCAGUUUGAGAAGGGUGCGUUUGUUGGACUUACACAUUUGCAGAGGCUUAACCUCUCCAAUAAUCUCAUAGGAGAAAUUUACGAACAUACUUUCCAGAAUCUGCCUAACCUAAUAUUGCUAGAUUUGACAAAUAAUCACAUUGGUGUAGUUCAGCAUAAUUCAUUCUCGGGAUUGUCCAAUCUGCUUGCGUUGGAUCUCACGGGAAACUCCCUCACCUCAGUCUAUACCUUUGCACACUUGCCGAAUCUGCAAGAGCUGCACCUGGACGACAAUAAAAUCGGUUUGUUAUACAAACUGGGGGAUGUCGCAAGCAGUGCAACCACAAUCAGGGUAAAUAAUAACCGACUCAGGAAUAUGGAAGACUUGUACAUCAUUUUGGCUACCUUUCCCAAUACUGUAGUACUCAAUUUCGGCGAUAACUUCCUUUCAUUUUGUGUCCAUAAUUCAAACAAUUCAAUACCAUCUAGUAACAAAUUGGAAGUACUUUACCUGCACAACAGUGCUUUGCAGUUAAUAUGGGGAAGGGGACUGUGUCUAGAUUUAUUUGACCAUCUUAAUAAAGUACAGAAUUUGUACCUUAGUUUUAAUCAACUGGAGUCCCUACCAAAGGGCAUUUUUAAAGGCCUAACAUCUCUUAAUUAUUUGGACCUGUCCCAUAACUCUCUGACACAUCUUAAACAGGAUGUGUUUCCGUUGAGCCUUAAGCUUCUGGACCUCUCCUACAACCUCCUCAGUAGUCCGGACCCAGACGUGUUUCGCUCCCUCAGCGUUAUUGACCUGAAAGUGAACCGUUUCUACUGUGACUGCAAUCUGAGGGACUUUCAGGCUUGGGCCAACACCACCAAUGUAGCGUUUGCAACCCAACUUUCAGACCUGCAGUGCGAGUUUCCCCAGGAGCUACGAGGCGUGGCCCUCUCCAACUUCACACCUGACCAGUGCGAGGAGAAUGACGAGCAGCUGGCGCAAGUGCUGCAGUUCAUCCUGUUCAUAAGCUGUUCCACGUUCCUUGUGACCGUCACCCUCGGCUCCAUCGGCUAUGCCCGAUUCCGGGGGCACGCCUUUACCAUUUACAAGAAGCUGAAGAUGAGAGUCAUCGAGGGCAAGCCCCAGGUUCCGCCGCAACUCGACAACCUCCAGUACGACGUCUAUCUGUGCUUCGCAGAGAACGAUUUUGUCUGGGUGGAGUCGGCUUUGCUGCAGAGAUUGGACUCGCAGUUUGCCGAGCACAAUCAGCUGCGCUGUUGCUUUGAGGCGCGGGACUUUAUCCCCGGCGAGGAUCACCUGACCAACAUCAGGAGUGCCAUAUGGGGCAGCCGGAAGACGCUGUGUGUGGUGUCCAAAGAGUUCCUGAAGGACGGCUGGUGCCUAGAGGCCUUCAUGCUGGCCCAGAGGAGGAUGCUUGAGGAACUGAAAGACGUCUUAGUCAUGGUCAUCGUUGGUAGCAUACCCCAUUUCCGACUAAUGAAGUACGAGCCAAUCAGAGCAUUCGUAAAGAAUCGAGAAUACCUUCAGUGGCCGGACGACACCCAGGACAUAGAGUGGUUCUUUGACAGGCUCAUAGUGAAGAUUUUUAAGGACUCAAAGGUCAAAUGCCCCAAGAGACAAAAGGAUGGACCAGAUAUUGAGUUAAAUGCAGUCAGACAAGUCGGGACUUGAGACCUUUUUGCAUAGUUUUUUAUUGCCAUGAAAGUACAUCCCACAAACUCAAACCCUCAAGCAUGGCACAGAUGAUCUAACUCUGGAGGCCCUGAAAUACCAUGGAUCUUUUCUGCCAUAGCUUGUGUUUGUCAAAAGUUGUUCUUGCUUGAAUGGCAGCCAGCAACAGAACCAGACAGCAGAUAUAAAAUGGAUUUGGCGUACGUCUGAUCCAGAUCUGCUUUUGCUGUUGGUUGAGGUUGUAUUGCAAGGUACCCCCCUGCAAUUUGUAUAAAUGAGUAUUUGUGUCCAAACUUUUGACUGGUAGUGUAUAUCAAUCAAGGGCCUGAUUUAGAUAGAUGCACCAAAGCAAUGGGAGAGUGAUUACCCAGAUCUAGCUCAAAAGAUACUACCAGUCUUCUGCUUUAAAAGUCUGUAAGGAAAUGGCUGAAGAAGAGGCCCAUCCAUUCACUCACCUUGCCAAUUAUACUGCACAAACAUUCACUAUCAGUUUGCUUCAGUGUGUGGAAGAAUGUGGUUCUUUGUGUUUUUUUGUACUUUUGUGCCCAUUUUUCUAAAAAUAGAUUUUGAUGACUAAUGUGUGAAAGCAAAUCUGUUUUUUUUUUUUAUGAGAUUUGUCUUUUGAGAAAAAAUUAAUCUGGUCAACAUGCCCAGGAGAUCAUGUUCAUUCCCACAGACUAAAAGAGAAUAUACACAAGUUUGUUCUGUUUUUCCACCAAUAGAGGGUACUAUAAGCUUUGGCUGCAGCUUUUCAACCAUAAAUAAAUUAAUAAAUAAAACUACUUGGUCAUGUUCGAACCUCAUACAAUAAUAUAUUUCAAAAGACGUGUUAGUAGCAUAUUUUAUUAUUAAAUAAACAUUAUUUUAGAAGGUGACUUUAAUCUCUAAAUCUUUUUGGGUGGAAAGACUAUUCUUUCAAGGGGUGGUCUUCUAGUUGUCUUGAGCCAUGAAGAUAUUUGUUUGCAAUUUGUAAUUUAUCUUUUAUCGCUCCUUUCGUAACACAUCCUGUGCCACUGUUAGUAUUUUCAAAUCAGCACUUCCCAUUGUAUCUCACUUUCACCAUAUUUCUCAAUGGAGACCACACAUUACAAAACAGGAUGUCAUAAAGGGGAAAUUAACUUUGAGAGAGAACACAGAUGACAAUGCUGUCACUGACUAGCAUGAUCCAAAGGAA